UCAUCGCUCGCCAACGGUCAUCAUCAUCAUCAUGGCUAUGGUUCGGAACGCCUCGCGGUAUAUAGUGAUCUUUUUGGGCCUGUUGGUCGCAUUUUGUGUCGUCGGCUACAUGAGUAACAGUAAAAAUAUGAUUAACAAUCAGACGGCUAUGUUGCAAAAAUUUUUAGCUCAAAAAUCGGCAGAGGAGAAUGAGAAAUACUUGACACCUCCACCGGGUGAUCUUGGAUCAGCGAUCAUAUUCAAUUCGAGCACCGAGGAAUCGAUCGGGAAAAUUGUGCAGGAAGGGUGGAAAAGUCAGGGGCUGAAUCAGUAUGCGUCGGAUUUGGUAUCGGUCCAUCGGAGGUUGCCGGAUAUUCGGGCCGAAUGGUGCAAAGAACCGGAUAGAUACUCGACAGAUCUGCCGGAAACUUCGGUCGUUAUAGUGUUCUACAAUGAAGCGUGGUCCGUUUUGGUGAGGACGGUUCAUUCGGUUCUGGAUCGAUCGCCACCGGAGCUGAUACGGGAAAUUGUGCUCGUGGAUGAUUUUUCCUAUUUGCGUACGUAUGAAUUUAUCAAAAUUAAUCUGAGUGGAUUCAUUCAACACAACUAUAAAUUCAAAAAUUCAAUGAAUAAUUCGGAACGUAAACUAUCUGUUUUCCGACAGCAAGAAUUCAUUAUGUCAAAAUCUGUUAAAGUGAAUUAUGGAUCCAACGUGUUGUAA